AUGAAACUCUUUGAGGAUGCUAGGGACGGAGCCGUUGAGUCGAUAGGCGCGACGGCCCGUUUUACCCCUUCGAAGCUUCCCACACACCGUGAAAUGCUCCGUCUCUUGAGAGAGAACCCGGAAGAUUCCAUCACUAUUGUCGCUAUAGGCCCAUUAACUAAUGUCGCACUUGCUGCGGCUGAGGACCCCGAAACGUUUAUUCGAGUCAGGGAAGUUGUGGUUAUGGGCGGCGCCGUGCAUUGCGAGGGCAACGUGACACCGGUGGCCGAGUUCAACUGUUAUGCCGAGCCUGUUGCCUUUCCCAGCCCGAGCUCAACCAUGUCAUCUUUACACAUCCGGUCAUCAAACCUUCCCAGUUAUCCGCUCAACCUUCCGCGUAGGUUGGAGUUGACACUGGCACCUCUUGAUAUUAUACUGUCGUAUGUGAUGACUAAGUCGUACUUUGAGCAGCAGAUCAAGCCUCAUGUUGAGGCUGGUAGCCCUCUAGCAUUGUGGGCCUCGUCUUUCAUCAUGGCCACGUUUGAUCAAAUCGCGUCGCUGCAGGCAAACGAUAAGGAGCCUGAGUUAGCCUUGCACGAUCCCCUCACCAUCUGGCACGCCAUGACUCGAGACCAAGGUGGGUGGGAGACUACGAUAAAGCCCGAGGAUUUGCGUGUUGAAACGACGGGUGAAUGGACCAGGGGCAUGCAUAUCGUAGAUAAACGAAACAGGAAAAUUGCUGAUGAUGGCUCUACUCUGACGCGAGUCGGCUCGGAGGCCACGGAUAACAUUCUUGGGGAUGAUAUGGGAUGGCUGAACCCAAGCAAAGGAAAUAGGAUCAAACCCCUGAUCAAGUCACCGGGAGCUGACCUUUUCAGGGAACACUGGAUGCAGAGGGUAUUCGGAUAG